CUGUUUCCCUUGAUAAACACACACUCUCAAGGCCAAUUGUCUUAGAUCCAUCUUCUUCAAUUCACCCUUCCUUUUUGUGAUACCCUUCUUUAGCCAUCAUGUUUGCCGCCCGCAGAACUGUCGGCCUUUUUCAGCGCCGUGCCUUCUCGGCGUCUGCUCAACAGAACUCCAAGGUUACCGUCCUCGGUGCUGCUGGUGGCAUUGGUCAGCCUCUGUCUUUGCUCAUGAAGCUGAACCCUCGUGUUAGCCAGCUUGCUCUCUACGAUAUCCGCGGUGGGCCAGGUGUCGCUGCUGAUCUUAGCCACAUCAACACCAACAGCACCGUUACCGGCCAUGACCCAACCCCUUCUGGUCUUCGUGAAGCCUUGACCGACGCUGAAAUUGUCUUGAUCCCUGCUGGUGUUCCUCGCAAGCCUGGCAUGACCCGUGAUGAUCUCUUCAACACCAACGCCUCCAUUGUCCGCGACUUGGCCAAGGCUGCUGCCGAUGCUGCCCCAAAGGCUAACAUCCUUGUCAUCUCUAACCCUGUCAACUCCACCGUCCCCAUUGUUGCCGAAGUCUUCAAGUCCAAGAACGUCUACAACCCCAAGCGCCUGUUCGGUGUUACCACCCUCGACGUUGUCCGUGCCUCUCGCUUCAUCUCCGAGAUCAAAAAGACCGACCCUGCCAACGAGGAAGUUCCCGUGAUCGGUGGACACUCUGGUGUCACCAUUGUUCCUUUGGUCUCUCAAUCUAACCACCCAGAUAUCACCGGUGAAGCCCUCGAGGCCCUUGUCAACCGCAUCCAGUUCGGUGGUGAUGAGGUCGUCAAAGCCAAGGCUGGUGCUGGAUCUGCUACCCUUUCCAUGGCCAUGGCCGGUGCUCGUUUCGCCGAGAGCUUGCUCAAGGCCUCUCAGGGCGUUAAGGAUGUCAUCGAGCCAACCUUUGUUGAGAGCCCUCUCUACAAAUCCCAGGGAAUUGACUUCUUCGCCUCCCGUGUCAGACUUGGACCCAACGGUGUUGAGGAGAUCCUUCCAGUUGGCAAGGUCUCUGAGUACGAACAGAAGUUGCUCGAUGCCUGCUUGGUUGACCUGAAGAAGAACAUUACCAAGGGUAUUGACUUCGUCAAGAACAACCCUUAA